UAAAAAUUACACCCAAGUCUACUUUGAUCGGAUGGUCUCAUUAAUCGUCACCGUCCACACGUUUUGCUGCAGCAAUAUCAAUGGAGUCCGUAAGGUAAAAAAAACCCCGAUUGACACCCCAGUUGCCGCACCAAACAGCAACAAGCUCAAUCGAAUAAUAUUUUACUCCGUUCUCUUCACUCCAUCACUUCCUUCUCCCCCUUUUUCAUCUCAAUCCUUCCCAUUUCUUCCAAUUUUCCUCACCAGAUUUCAUUCAUUCUACAACCCAACCAAGAAUUCCAACUCCCAACUACCCAAUUGCCAUUUCAGUCUAUUGUUUUUUACGUAUUAUGUAGAGUACAGGCUUCGGAAUCUGAAAUUGGAACCUGCUAUUGCUUGUUGAGAAUGCUUCCGUGGGGAGGUAUUAGCUGCUGUUUGAGUGCAGCUGCUCUUUAUCUUCUUGGAAGGAGUAGUGGCCGGGAUGCGGAGUUACUGAAAUCUGUCACGCGGGUCAAUCAGUUGAAGGAAUUGGCUCAAUUGCUUGAGGCAGAACAUUUGUUACCUUUGGUCGUUGCAAUUUCUGGAAGAGUUAGCUCUGAUACACCAAUAAAUUGUGAAUUUAGUGGUUUAAGGGGUGUAAUUGUGGAGGAAACGGCAGAACAACAUUUUCUAAAGCACAACGAUGCAGGAUCAUGGAUUCAGGAUUCUGCACUGAUGCUCUCCAUGAGCAAAGAAGUUCCUUGGUAUCUGGAUGAUGGGACUGGUCGUGCGUUUGUGCUGGGAGCUCGAAAUGCCACAAAUUUUAUAUUACCAGUAGUGAGUGAGGUAUUUGAAGAAUCUGGCAGAUCCCUUAUGCGUGGCACUUUAGAUUAUCUCCAAGGUCUUAAGAUGCUUGGAGUUAAGCGAAUUGAGCGUGUUCUACCUACCGGUACUUCCUUGACUGUUGUUGGUGAGGCAGCCAAAGAUGACAUUGGUACAAUCAGAAUUCAACGUCCACACAAGGGACCAUUUUAUGUCUCCCCAAAAACCAUUGAUCAACUCAUAAGCAAUCUUGGGAAGUGGGCCAGGUGGUACAAGUAUGCUUCCAUGGGCUUGAGUAUAUUUGGUUUGUAUCUGGUUACAAAGCAUGUCAUUCUUUAUCUCAUGGAGAGAAGGCGUCGCUGGGAAUUGCAGAAAAGGGUCCUCGCUGCAGCUGCCAAAAGAUCAAGCCAAGAAAAUGAAGGGGAAAUUGAAAAGGCCAGCAAUGGAACAGAUGGUACAAAGAGAGACCGGUCAAUGCCAGAUCUUUGUGUAAUAUGUCUCGAGAGAGACUACAAUGCUGUUUUUGUCCCGUGCGGCCAUAUGUGCUGUUGUGUAGCAUGUUGUUCACAUUUAACAAACUGUCCACUCUGUCGUCGACGAAUUGAGCUGGUAGUUAAGACCUUCCGCCAUUGAGUGCAGCUUUGAGGACUCAUUUUCAUUAACCUUCAUGAACAAUUCUGUAUGUUUGGAGCUGAACUAAAAAAUCUGAAAAGCUAUCAUAUCGUUAUCUUCACGAAGGCAUUUGUCACAUGGUGCAAGAAUCUCACUAGCCAAUUAUAUUUGCAACCGAAAAGAAGUUGAAAGCUUCCUUCAGAAGGUAAUUAAACAUAAUUGCUCUGUACUAACUUCCUUCGUAAAAUUGUAAAUGGAACCGGCCGUCUAUAUGUAUAUUAGUAUACUAUUCCCAUAUGGAUCCAUUAGGAGUAACAAAAAAAAAGAACUCAUUCGGCUUUCCUACCACCUAUUUCAUUUUGGUCCCUAAACUUCUAAUUCUUCUAUUUUAAUCUCUCUACUUUAAAUUUCAGCUUUGAUCUUGAAAAAGUGCCUAAAAGACUAUUUUAGAUAUUAAAAUAGAUAGAUAGAAACUUUAGGGGCAAAAUAGAAUAUUUAGCCAGAGCUUAGAAAAUAUAAAUUAGAGUGGAAGUUAUCUUUUUUAUUUGGUUUUCUUAUGUUAUUGUGGCUUUCAUAGUUAGAAUUGUACACUUUUCAAAGUUAAAAAAUGCAUGCUGAUUCAUUUCAUCAGCAUGAACAAAUAAACUUUGUUUUCCAU